ACCCGGAAGUAGUGCUGCUGGCCCGCUCGACGAGAUGGCGGCGGUGGCCCGGGCUGCGUGUGGUGUGUUCAGGCGGCUGCUCCGGGUUGAUCGUGUGCCACUUUUGAAUUAUGCUGCCAAUAAUAUGAUAGCAGUAUGCCUUUGUAGGAAAAGGCCAUUGCCAAUUGUGUCAUCAAGAAUCCAUUGGGCAUCUUCACACUAUUCCACAGUUCCCUUGAUAACAGUAACAGAUGACCUUGAUAUACUUUACAAGAAGAUCUGUGUGUUGGUAAAAGGCCACGAUAAAAUGGUACUGGAUAGCUAUGAAUAUUUUGCCACACUUGCUGCUAAAGAGCUGAAUAUCACUGUUGAUAAAGUGUAUGAGCCUCCAAGGAAAAUUGAUAGAUUGACACUUCUCAAAUCUAUUCACAUUUUCAAGAAACACAGAGUUCAAUAUGAGAUGAGGACACACUACAGAUGUAUAGAGCUCAAACAUUUGACUGGAAGCACUGCUGAUGUGUAUUUGGAAUAUAUCCAGCGCAAUCUUCCAGAAGGAGUCGCAAUGGAGGUGACCAAGACAAGGUUAGAAAAGCUACCUGACCAUCUUAAGGAACCUAUUUGGAGUGCACACUCUCAAGAUGAAGGAAAACCAGUUUGAUAUAAUCAAUGGACAAUAUGCUAUGACAUUUACUAUUUUGGAAUGAAAUAGCUCACUAAAUAAACAAAGUUCAUCUGUCAAAGUGAUAUAGCUGCAAGUUGGAUUAUCUAGGCUGCAUGUCAAAUAAUAAAAGGUAAAACUCUUGAAUUUCACUACACUUGCCAAAAUCAGUGUAGACUACAAAAUGGAACAAAAGGUGUCAGCUGCUAAACAAAGAUUUAUCUGAAGGUACUUUUCACUGUGGCAGGCCAUUCAAAACUACUACAUACCCAGUUAAGUAAAUUUACAUGUAUUCACUGUUCCACUCAGGGAAACAUGGCAGAAAUUUGAACAUUGAUAGUUCUCACCAACAAAGAAGUGAUAAUCAACAUCGCCAAAAACAGGCUGAGGGAUAAAUAUCCCACUAUUAAGAUAAGGGGAUUUAAAAUAGCAUUUCAUAUGAAAUACAGUAUUACCACUAGUACAAUACUCCUCCACUCCUGCAGCGGAAUGUCAGCUGGAUUUGUGGUGAAGACUUUGGACUCUGACUUAAACCCACAAUUUCAAUUUUACUACUCAGCCACAGCUGGCAAAAAAAAAACAGCAACAUAAAGAUUCAUGCCUGUAUGUUUUCUAAGUUACCUGAAUUGGAGGGCCAGAAAAUAACAAUUGCAGAUGUCUGUAAUUGGACUUACAUGCACAAUUGCCAAGGAGAACAAGACCAACUAUCUGAAAUGGAGGAAAUACUUGGGCUAAGCCAAUCCUGUCGGCUUCUUUAAAAGGCACAGAUCAUUUGUCAAAAAUGUUAUCACUGUUAAUAAAGCAGAUAUUAUUUUUCCAAGAGCUUCAUCUGCACAGUAUUAGAAGUCAUAACAAGCAUUAUAUUAAUUGUGAUAUACUAUGCAACAGUUACUUCAUGUUGGCUGCCAGAUGACAGUGUACUUAUCAACAUUGGCUUUUUCAACAUAAUUACAAAAGUGUUGGAAGAGUGCCCAACCCAUAAUUGAGAUGGUGGUUGGGAUGGGAAGGAAGGAUGAGGAAUCGGAAUAUAAUGAAGGUCAUUGAUUAGUAGAGGCAAUUAUGCUUAAAAAAAGAUUGAAAAGUUAAUAACAUUGAAUUCUACAAGACUAAAAAGGCAUUUGAGUAAUGUAAUGGCUAAACUGCUACUUGCAUAAAGUACUAUUAUUAUUCAGAUGUCCAAAAAUAAGCAUACAAUAAAGAUCCAUCCAAAUGAUGGUGUAAAGCUAUAAUUUAAAAACUGAAAUUAAAACAAAAUGUCAAUCAGGCAGCAUUAUGUGGAGAGAGAGACAGAAUUAAUGCUUCAGGUCCGGGAUCCUUCAUCAGAACCAAUGCCAGUUCUUAAGAAGGUUCACUAACCCUGUCUCCACAGAGACUGUCUAACCAGUGUUUCCAGCACUCUAUUUUUAUUUCAGAUUUUCAGUUAGGAUCAGAAUCAGGUUUAUUAUCACUGACUUGUAUGUCAUGAAAUUUGUUGUUUUGCAGCAGCAGAUAUGAGCAGAUUGCUCUUAGGAAACAGCUAACACACACGAUCUAAGUGGCCUCUUUGUGUGUAAUUAGCAAUGCUAUGCCUGCAAUCUGCCAGUUUCUAAGCGACUCAAGUCAAGACACUAACCUUGUAUUUUGCUUACUACAUUAUCUUUUUAUGGCAAUGCAAAGCUAGUUAAUUUUCAAGUGAAAAUAGAACUGUUACAUGUGAUCCUUUGACCUAAUUAUGGUCAAUUAUAGAUUUUAAAAAUCAUAAGUUCAAGAUCAUAAAUCUCUAAUGUUUUAUCCAGCUGAUUCUGUACAGUUCUAGAAUGAGCUACAUUUGUGGCACACAUUUAGGGGCAAUGUCUUAUUACAGAUUUUUUUAAAUGCAAAAUAAAAAUUACCAAUAAUUGCAAGUUAUUUUCAGAAAAUGGAUUUUUAACUAGAUUUUGCAAGGAUCAUUGCAUCUUUCCACUAAGUUUAUGAGCUUUCACCUUUUUUAAAAUUCCAACACUUUUCUCAACAAUGCUGAUAAGAGCAUUUUAAAUUCAUUUUUCUGGUUUUACUUCACCACCACUGGGAAGAGCUUGGCAUUGUUUUUGUCAGGUCACUGCUGAUGCAGGUGAACUUUUCAAUCACCCAGAGCUUCCUCCACCACGGGGAAAUUAGCACUACAGAUUAAGAAUUACUUUUUGUGAAAUAUUUUAAGGAUAGAAAAUGUUUUUAGAAUAAUUAAUAUUUGGUAAAAUGUUGAGCCAUGCACCUUUGAAAGCAGUUUGUGUACUCUACUGUUUCUCUGCAACCUGGUAACGUCUCACUGCCUUCAACAGUGGGAAUCUUAUUCCUUAUUUUUGUUAAGCUAUUAGUUAUGUGCAGUAACACGCAAAUAUAAUUCAUGACCAGCAAGAUGGCAACCAGAGAACUAGAAGCAACUCUUUCAACUGCAUAUUUUAAUUUCAUUAUGGCUCACAUUCUCUUACUACUCCAUCCAUCUUGUGAAAGUAAUUUAAAACAUUUACUGUUUUUUUCCCCUUAAACAAACAGUUGAUUUCUGCUGACUUAUGCAUCUCAUUGGUCUCACGGGAAUGUGAAUAUGUGGGUCCUCAUGUGAUAGUAUCAAGUGAGCAUUCAUAGAUUACUCACAAUAGGCAAACCCAAGUUUCUAUUUAUCUAAGAUGGAGCUACAACUGGAACACCUUCAGAUUAAUUACUUUCCUGUUCAUACCCUGAGGGUACCAACACCAUCAUCCACAGCUGAAUGCUUCAUGUGCCAAAAAGGGGCAGAGUGUGCAGUGCAAUCAAUGUUUUUUCCAAAAUAUAUGCAAUGAAAAAUGGUAAAGAUUAUCUUUUACAAAAAACAUAGAAGAUAAUCUUUUCUCCCUCAAGUCUAAGCAAAAUUCCAUACUUACCAUUCCUGUCAAAUUCUCAGAAGAUACCAGAAAGCAAAUCAGAACAUCCUACUCUUGGCAAGUGGACACACAACCAUUGAGAAACACUGUCACUCAAACACAAGACGGUAGAAAUGCAAGGCAUGAUUUUAGAUGGAUGAAGCAACCAAAAGGUAGAGAUGCCAACAUAAAGUACUGAUUGACGAGAAAUACUGGCCUUAAGGGAAAGCAUGUUGUAUUCCAGGGCUGAAUUGAGCCUAACUCUACAAUCUUACCAGCCCAUGUUAAAUGGACACUGUCUUGUUAAACAUAUUAAUUACAUAUUGCUAUAUUCCCUUCAGCUUUCAACAUUAAAAUCUAUCUGCCAUAUCCCAGUCCAUCAGUGUAACCAUUCUAAGUGAAGGAUUUUUGUGCAUUAUUUCUUAGUAUAUUCAGAUCGUCAGCAAUUGUGAAGUGAAUAUUCUCCACAUCCAUAUACUGUGAACUGAAGAUGUGUAAAAAUAUGCCUUUGAAACCUCACUGGAGAAUUAUUUAUCACUGACCUCAAGACAAUCCUCAAUCCAGCUAGACAAUUCAUCUUGCUGCAAGUUUCAGGAAUCAUUUUCGGUAUCAUCAAUAAUUUUAACAAAUGUCCUGAACAUCAGAAUUAAUGCUGACUACCAAUACUGGCAUUACAUUUGCUACUUAUCAAACUCAAUAGUUAUGCAGUUGAAAAAUGUUGCGUAUUAUUUUAAUUCAUUGAGGGUUAUUGGAUGUUCCUUAGCUGGUAAGAUGUUUCAUUUUGAGUUUCUGCAUAACUUUUAUUUUUAAAAAUGCUCAUGCUGUAGAUUGCUUAAUUUCCCGUGGUUGCUAUCUAUCCCUCAGUCCACCUUUGAAUUCUGUUCACAUUUAAUCUGUCCAAUC